CAAUAUUGUGUGUGACAAUAUGGUGUGUGUGCAGAUAUGGAGGCCGACUGAGCUGCCCAGACGUGAAGUGCCAGGGUUUAACAUUUUCGCGGUUGGACUGCCACCUGGGCAAUGUGCACAACAUGGCAGAGGCGAAGACGGCGGUAUUGCUGAGCCAGAGAAAGGUUGCGUUGAAUGAAAGGCUACUAAAAAUCAGAAAGGAAAAAAAAGAAAUACGGCUGAUUCAGCAAUCACUGCUGUCCAUCGGUGAGGAACUCCAUGAAGCUGGGAAAUUGGAGGCAGGUCCUUCUCUGCAUGGGGAAGCUGCCUCUGUAGCGGGUGGAUCUUCACCAACACCACAACCACCUCAGCCUCAGGGAGCCGGGUCACCACCGACUGCUGGCUCUCCCUCACCUGCUGGCUGUCCGCCACCAUACCCGAGUGAGGGCUGCAGCAGUCGGUUGGCUGAGGUUAACCCCCAGGAUGAUCUGGAACUGCUGUUUUCAUCUGGCCGAUCCGAGUGGGAUGACGACAGCGUCCAUGACGUCUUCGUAAGGAUGUCCAAUCAGUCUGGUUACGUCCUUUCCAGAGCAUCCUCAUCAAAACGUCUUCCUAAUAUGCUGCUUCAAGACGUAUUCACAACAUGUAGGCGGGCCUUCCAAAGGGGGAUGUGACCUGCUCUGUCUUCAUAUAAAUGGCCCCGCAACUCAACAAGCACAGUCCUGGAGGAGAUUUGAUGCUGAAGAGAGGAGGAGACACCGAAAACAACUUUUUCUCAUUACACUUUGGAUUUCUGUUUAUAUCCACAGAAAACA